AUGGAUGCCCCAACACUUUCAACUUCUCAUGGAAAUAAUUCUAUGACUUUUCAUAAUUGUCAUUUUCAACCUACGAAUAGCAAUCAUGAUUUAUCACAUUUUCAUAAUAUAUUUCCUGCUCCUCCUAAAAAUUUGUUAAAACGUUCAACUCGAAGUGAAACACAUUUAACAGAUUUGAGAAAUUUUGCUCAUCCUUCAGAAAAAGCAAUAUCUUCCCAAAUACAUCAAAAAAUGAAGGAAUUUAUAUCAAAUGAAGAAAGAGUAAAAAAUACCAGAUUAUCUAAUGCUUCAUCUGCAUCAAAUUUACGUCAAUUGUGUGAUAAAAUUGGAUGCAGUAGUGAAAAUAUUGAAAAAGGAGAUCAAAAUUUGUUGUAUAAAAGUUUCCAUCCAUUAUCAUCAUUAUUGUUAAGAGGAUCUAAUACUUCAAAAAAGAAGAUAGGUAAUUCUCAAACAAUAUCUGAAGAAGGGGAAACUGAUACAGCUAUUAUUAUACCAUCAAGAAUAAGAAAAACAUCUAGUGCCAGUCAUAUUGAAUUUUUAAUACAAGAUUUAUCAACAUCUACAACUUUAGAUAAUAAUAUGUUAAAUUCAAAAGAAUUAACACAAUCCAAUUGUAAUAAAUUAAGUAAUAAUAUCAAUCAAGAAGGUCUUACUAUGACAAUAGAUAAAGCAAAAUCUACUGAUAAUAUAACAAAUUCAAUUGAAAAAUCUAUUUUACCAACAAAUUGGUUUAGUAGACCUGACUUAUCUAAUAGUAUUAUGAACGCAAAAACACAAAAUGAAACUACUACAAGUAAUAAUGGAACCAUAAGUAAAACUGGAGGAGUCUUUGGAUUUCUUGGAAAAGGUAUAUUUGGUCAACCUGUAUCAACUAAUGAAAAUGAAACAGCUCGUUAUAUAUUAACAUUAGAGCAAUAA